GUGUUGUAGAGUUCCACAUUUAUACUGUACUAGUGAAAUUAAGGGGCGUUUAUUUAAAUAUACGUAUCAGUGUAUUGUAUACAAAAAACAAACGUAAAACGCCUUCCUCAAAAACCGUUUAGAAACGCAUGAAAAAUAACGUCUGGUUCAAAAGCCUACUUUGAAAGUUUUCAUAACAAAAAAAAUGGGAAACUACGUUGGAACCGCUGCUGAAAGUGGUCCUGAAAGUGGUAGUAAUACCACUGUUAGUAAGUCAGGUACACAUAAUUUAAGGAAACGAUUAGGAGGUCAAGUCGAUGAUGAUUUUGAAGAGGUAUUACACACCCCUAAAAGGAAACAGUUGAAGUCCACUUCAAAGUAUAUUUUCACAACACUUUUUGUGAAUGGUGAAAAUUCAGACAUAGCUAUUAAUGCCCUUGGUAAAACAUGGAAUUUGCACAAAUUGUACUUAUGUCAGUCUCGAUAUUUUUCGUGUAUGUUCAAUGGGUCAUGGAAAGAGUCAAAGUUGACAGAGGUCGACAUGGAUAUACCAGAUGCUAACAUUGACAUUGAAGCAUUGGAUGUAUGCCUUGGAUCUCUAUACCAAGAUGAAGUUGUGAUUGACCCAUCAAAAGUUGAAUCUGUAUUAGCUGCAGCUUCAUUGUUACAACUAGAUGGAUUGAUCCAGCAGUGUGCAGACAUUAUGACUGAUACUAUAUGCCUUUCUACAGUUUGUUCGUAUCAUACUUCAUCUUCUACAUAUGGGAUUCAACACACAUUAUUGAGUUGUUUUGAAUGGCUAGAAAGAAACCUGAUGAUGACCACCACCAACAUUUCAUUAUUAAAAGAGAUAAGUGUUGAUCUAAUGAAGUCUUUAAUUAACUCUUCCAACCUCUUUGUUCUGCAAGUGGAGAUGGAUAUUUAUUCUUUAAUUAAGAAGUAUGUUUAUUUAAAGUCAAUGCCACAGUGGACUGGAGACCCAAAGCAACUUGCAAAAGAUGCAGAUAGUUACUUUAGAAGCCUAAAAGAACCAGGUGAGUUUUUAAACUCAGAAACUGGAAAGAUUUAUGAAGAUUUAUUCAAAGGAGUUCGACUUCAUCACAUCAUUAACGACUUGUCAUCAACACGAUUAAUUGACAGGGACAAGAUAAUUCCACCAAGUUGGAUACUUCCUGUUUACAAGCAGCAAUGGCAGAAUAUGUUGUGUGUUGAACAAGGACAGGAUAAAGGACCAAGUGAAUCCGAAUUAAUGCCAGAACACUUCAAAAAGUAUGCAAUGCGAUGUGGUAGAAUUAUAUCCAAGGAAGGUGAGUACUGCUGGAGGUGGACUGGGUUUAACUAUGGAGUUGAUUUGUUGGUUACUUUUUGUAAAAGGCAAGUCAUAUUUAAACGAAACACGAAUACGCAUCCUGUCAGCAACAGUGUCAGUUUACAGCCAAAUAGAAAAGUUAUGUUUCAGGUUUCUGUGACAUCCUACAAUAGUCAAGGCCACAGUAAAUACACUAAAUCAUCAGGAUUACAAUAUCUUGAUCUCAAAAAGGAUGAGGAGGUAGUAGUGUUGGAAAUGGACUCAGUAGCAGAAUAUCCAAUACAGAUUAGUGUUUACUACUUAUGCUAUUCAUUACCAAUGGACCUAUUGCAACUUGAUUCUGUGGAAAAUAUAUCUGAACAAGCAAUUGGAGAACAGUUGGAAUGGAACACAUGAGAUAGCAGUGAUAGCAGGUUUUAUUGACUACAGAAGAAUUCAGAAAAUGACCAGAAAUUAAGUUGCAUGAUAGAAAAUUCAUUUGGAAAAUGAGGCUACAACUGAUAUUCUUUUACUGGUUGUAGAAUGAGCAUCAGUGACAUUACUUCAGUAGCAUUUGAAAAGUAAGGUCUGUUGAAAAUGAAAUACAUCGAGAUUUGUUAUGUAUUGCAUCACCUUCAUUUUGGAGUUGUAGAAAGGAUUACAAAUUUGGAAUGGAGCCUAUGAUGUAAACAUACCACUUUAAGCUCUGAGUCUGUAAGGAACAGUAUGCAUAGAAGUUGAAUUUUUUUUUUUUAUACUGAAAGAUAUGGAAUGUAAUUUAUAUUAUUUUAUAUAAAAAUAAUAAAAGGUAAAGAUAACUGUCUAAUUAUACCUGUAUGUUAUUGGACAGUUAAAAGU